UUCUCUUCUUUUCUGUGAUAUUUGGAGGGGAAAAUGCUGCUGAAAUCCUCUGCCCUGCUGAUGCUGCUGCACUGUGCCUUUCCCUGGAUCUCUGUUGCUGAUGGCUACAUGUUCCAGAAUGUGGUUGACUGUGAACACAGCAGAGAGGACCUGUCGGACAUGGUCUACCUGGUGCAGCUCGUCUUCAAUCAGAAGUUACUCUGCUGUUACGACUCCAGGCUGAAGAAAUACACGGGCUACGGGGAGCUAGGCGUCAGAAACGCACAACGAUUCAACCAGGACAAAAGGAAAAUGGCAGCUCGCCGUGCAGAGGUGGAAACAACGUGCAAGUUCAACGCCAGGUUCUAUAACAGGACAACUGUGAGAAAAGUGCCUCCGUCAGUCAGCGUCUUCGCUCCAGUCCAGACACGGUACGGCACCAGGACCAUGCUGGAGUGUCGGGUUGUGGACUUCUACCCUCAGGACAUCACAGUCACAUGGCUGAAGAGCGGGUCAGAGGUCACAGAGGGCGUGUCCUCCACAGACUCACUGGCAAAUGGUGACUGGUCCUACCAGGUCAUCUCCUACCUGGAGGUGGUGCCCAGAUAUGGAGAGAGGGUCAUCUGUCACAUUGAACACAGCAGUCUGGAGGAAGCUCUGAACAUCCCCUGGGACACCUCUGCCCUUGAUGCCAGCCUCUACAAGAAAGCAGUAGGUCUGAUUUUCUUCUUCCAGGGUGUGACGGUUUCUGCUGCCGGGGCCUUCUACUACUACUGGAAAAAAAAGCAAGGUUUUAUUGCCUUAUUCCCACGCUGGAGGUAGAUUUCUCAGAGGAUCUGUUCAGGCUCAUUCCCUGAUCCUGCUGAUCAGCCACAGGCCUGCUGGCUUUUUGGAGCUUACACAGUGAAACCAGAUGCUUACUGUGUUUUUGCAUAAGGGAACGGGGAUAUUUUGCAUACGUGCACCAGGAAAUUGUUGUAAAUUGUGAUUCAGAUGUUGAAAAAGCUAUUUUUAAAUGUAGCUGGGACUGCCUGGUUCAAUAAAAGUUAGCUUACAUUCCAAGCUGCAUACAAAUUAAAUAUUGUACACGCUGGUAUUAAAAUCAUUAGUGUAUUUAAUGUCAAAAAAUAACAAACAAAUAAACUAACUAAAUAAAUCAUACUGUAUUUUUAAAAUUUACUGUAUCUUUUACAUCACCAACGUGGGGGAUAGCAGUCCAUUCCAGCUUGAGAAAAAAAAAAAAUGGUAAAAUUUACUGAAACAAGUUACUACAUCCAACAUUUUACAGACUUAUAGGGUUUUAUU